AUGUCAAAUAUAAACUUAAAUUGUUUAUUGGUAGAACAAAUGAUAAAAGAUACAGUUUAUAGUGUUGCCUGCUGGUUUAAUAUUUUUAUUAUUUUAUUCAUUCUUUUAUUAAUCUUUAUUUUAUUUCGAGAAUAUUCAAAAUCCAAAAUAUCCUUGCAUUGCAAUUUAAUUAUAUUAAUAGCUAAUGCUGUCGUUUAUUAUCUUAUCUAUUCAAUUCCAACCCUUUUAAUUCUUUUACGUUAUAAGGUGAAAUAAUUUUUCAAAAUUUUUUGUAAAAAUAUUAGGAGAGAGGGAGGAGACCAUUUGGAGAGAGGAGAUAAGGAAAAAUAGGAAACGCUGAAAAUCUCAAGAGGGGGAUAUCGCUUGAUCCUAAACAAGGGUUAUAUAGCUUGAAGUACUCGAUAGUGAAGUGAAAUGUGUCGAUAGUGAAAUUUUUAAUUUGCCUGCUCACAGGGAUGGUGACUAACAAACUGACUAACAAACUCUCUUAGAAACCUCAAUAUUACUCUGGAACUUGGAAAUCUCAAUAAUACUCUGAAACAUAGAAACCUCAAUAAUACUUUGGAACUUUUAAACCUUGAUAAUACAAUUUUUCAACCUCAUAAGUAUACCUUUAAGAGAUACAUCCCGAUAAAUCGUGAGCCCUUUCUU